CCCCCCUCCAUAAGGGUUGGAGUAACUCUACAUCAUAAGUAAGAUUGCUCAGACAACUUCCAGUAUUGAAAAAGAAAAUGAAUGCUCCACCAGGGGGCGCGCUGACAAUAACAGCUUUGUAGCUUCACCCAGCGUGCUGGGAGUUAAGAGGGUCGCAACAGUUUGACGUCAGAGCUACUGCAGAGGUCAGCAGCAAAGGAAGUAUCUGUCAGAGAGCCAGGUGAGUGCAGCAUGGAGUUAGUCAGUGAGCUAGCUGUGUAUGGCAUGUGUUUAGUUACAGAAUGUCUGUGCAGCCCUGUGUGGGAGUAUUGGUGCAGUGUAGCUCUCUACUCUGACACUGUGCUUGCUGGUCUGGAUGCAGUGCUGCCAGCCUGUAUUCUGGGUCUCUCGUGUAUCUGGUGAAAUUAAUCAUUUUUCGGACAUCGAGCUGAUAUAUGUUGGCAGGGACCAGGGCAGCAUGCCUUCACAUACAUAACCAAUAAUAAACUACAGUUCAAUAACAGCCUCAUCAACACUAACACGUAAGAAAUGUAUAAGUAAUCCCGAAGGCUUAAUGUAUUUCAUUGUAAAAUAAAAUUACCAAAAACAUUAUUGAAUACUAUAUUAAAACAAAUAUGGAAACAUAAUAAUAUUACCUAGCCUUAACACUUCCUGCUGCCAAUGCGAAUUACAGUGCUUGAAGAAGGGCAAGUGCCACCCAAGACCUGGAAGACGCUACAAUCUGGUAACUCUUACUUUGGUCUAAACAAGUUCCCAAUUACUUUUUCCCGUGGAACUCUUUGACACAGUGUAUCAACAUGGUGGAACCCCUCUCUCCCCCACCAAUUGCGCCCUUUUUUUGUAUGUCAAGGUGUGUGUGUAUAUGUGCUUGUAUGUGCCAGUUUGUGUAUGUAUCUGUGUUUGUAUGAAUCCGACACACAGAUACACACAGUGUGUAUCUGUGUGUCAAGGUGUGUGUUUGUGUGUGUAUGUGUGUGUGUGUGUAUAUGUGUGUAUAUAUAUAUAUAUAUAUAUAUAUAUAUAACACAGACACACAGUGGCACUCAGAUACACAAUGACACACACAUCUUGACUCACAAAUACACACAUUCAGAUACACACAGUGACAUAUACACACACUGAUAUACAAACACACACUUAGAUACACACAGUGACACAUACACAAAUCCUGGUUGUCACAGUGUUGAGAGUGAACUCUAGCCCGUAGCUCCAGGGCUAGAAUUGACUCUCGCAAGAGCCGUAACGUUGCCGUGGUAAUCGCGGCAACGCUCUGUGCUCGCGCAAGAAGGACCCAGAGGAGCUGCAGGCUGAGCUCCCGGGUCCUCUCUUCCUCCCUCCCCUGCCGGCUGCCCGCACGGUGCCUGCGGACAGGGGGGGGGAGCCCCGUUGCUCCUCUGGAUCCACCAGUGAUAUAUACAGCCCUUCUGUGUGCCUUUUUGUCUCCCCCCAGUCCCUCUGUAUGUUUCUUUCUCCCCCUCACUGCUCCUGUGUCCAUGUCUCCCCUCUCCUUCCCAGUCUCUCUUACCCCUCUGCCACUUUCUCCCCCUCCCCUUGUGUGUCUCUCUCUUUUCUCCCUGUGUCUCUCUGUUUCUUUCUCCCCCUUUCCCUGUGUCUCUCUCUCCCCCAUAUCUCUCUUCCUCUUUGUCUCUACAUCCCCCCUCCCCCAUCUCUCUAUCCUCACUCUUUCUCCCUCUGUGUCUCAUUCUUCCCCCUCUGUCUCUUUCUCCCCAUCUCUCUAUUCCCCUCUUUCCCCCUGUGUCUCAUUCUUCCCUCUCUGUCUUUCUCCCCAUCUCUCUAUUCCCCCUCUUUCUCCCUCUGUGUCUCAUUCUUCCCCCUCUGUCUCUCUCUCCCUCCUCCCCGUGUCUCUCUAUUCUCCCACUGUUUCUUUCUUCCUUCUUCCCCCUCUCUGUUUUAUUUUUUCCCCCUCCCAUUUACCGACAGAAGUCAGAGGGGGCCGGCCGCGUUCCACGCUGGAGCCGCCGGGCUGGUUGGCAGCCUCCUGUCCUGUCACUAACGCUGAGGACGUUAGGAGGGAGGAGCAUGUCUCUCUCUUAUGCUCCUUUGCGGUUCCCACAAUUCCCAGCACAGGAUGUGGGAACCGCAAAGGAGCAUGAGAGAGAGACAUGCUCCUCCCUCCUUCCGUCAUCGGCAUUAGUGACCGGACAGGAGUGCCGCCGGACCGGCGUGGCUGCCGCCCGGCCCGGUGGCUCCAGCGUGGAACGUGGCCGGCCCUCUCAGAGUGUGCCACCGGACCGCCCACCCGGUGGCACCUACUUGCUUAGCCCCGGUGGUCCAAUCUUGCCCUGCUGGCGGGCCCCCUGAUGGUGGGCCCCCGGAACAUGUCCGAAGUGCCCGACCGAUCAGUCUGCCCCUGCAUACAAACACAUAUACACUCUCACUGACAAGAACAGAUACAUUCUCACUGAGAUACACAUUCACUCUCACUGACAAACACAUAUACUCUUUGACAGACACACAAACACAUACAAAUGCCCAAACAGACAGACAUACAAUUUUUUAAAAAAAAUUUUUUAUAUUUUACUCCAUCCAGCCCUCCUACCUUUAGGAGUGCUGGCCUGGAGUCCUUGGGGUUCAGUGGGGCGGCUCGAAUGCUGAGCGUACAGUCCCUGGGGUCCAGUGUGGCUACCUGCUCAGCUCCCUCGUGCGCCUCUUAGUGAUGCCGGAGUGAUCACUGCUCACUGCUCCCUCGCCGCCUGCAGCCAUUUUAUUUUUAAAAAUUUUGGUGGAACAUCAAUUGGGAAACGCUGGUCUAAACACACACACUCACUCUCUUUCGUAAAAAGACCGAGUUUUAUGUGGUUAGUAGGACCAUUCCUGAUCAAGAAAAGUCUUAACCAAUCCUGGCAUUCUCAUUAGGCCUGUGGGGAUAUAGGGUGCAUGCAUGCGCAGCAAUCACCACACUUAGCUUAUCAAAUGCUUUUGUAAGAGAAGCAUUAAAUUCAGUGCUUCAGUUUGGGACGUACAAUAUGUGCAGCAUCAUCGUACUGUGAUGACAGAUCUUCAUGAGAAGGUGCCUCUAAUAGCUGUCAGCCGGACAGUAACUAGAGAUGUGAUUAUUGCACAUAUGUAAACGUUGUUGAUUUCAGAUCAGCAAUGCUUUACACUGUCUGGAAAAAAAUGGACAGGGUAAUUUCACCAAAACCACUACAUUAGGAUUCUACUGUACACUCGGUCUAGUGCUUUUUCAUGGUUUGUAUGUUUCUUUAUCACAGGUACGCUCUUUGCCAUGUCAGCUGUACGUGCUACUGUCCAUGCAAAAUGGAUUGUAGGCAAAGUGAUCGGGACAAAGAUGAAGAAUACUGCAAAAGUCAGAGUGACGAGGCUGGUACUGGACAACUACUUGUUAAAGGUAAGUAAAGUUAACAUCAAGUCCUUCAUAUUUUAUACCGUAAUUUGUUUUGUAUUUGGAUAUUUUACUAUAGAAGCUACAUUUUUGACAAUCCAAAUGUAUAAAUAUACUGUAUAAUCAUAUAUUAAGUUUGGGCCUGUAAAUAAUCCCCUUCGUCCCCAUCAGGAUUGUUGUGAAUAUACCCCAUAACAUCUCUCAAACUUCAAAGUGCCUAGCAACAUUAAAGGACCACUAUAGUGCCCCCACCCUCAGGGUCCCACUCCUGUCGGGCUGAAUGGAGAGGAAGGGGGUUAAAAACUCACCUUUCUCCAGCACCGGGCUCCCUCGGCGCUGGGGACUCUUCUCCUCCUUUGGCCGUCAUGGGCUGAAUGCACAUGCGCGGCAAGAGCCGCAUUGAGCGUUCUCAAUGCUUUCCUAUGGACGCUAGCGUCUUCUCACUGUGAAAAUCACAGUGAGAAGCGCAGAAGCGCCUCUAGCGGCUGUCAAUUCUCUGAAACUGCUAUGUUUACAGCAGGCAGGGUUAAUCCUAGAGGGAUCUGGCACCCAGACCACUUCAUUAAGCUGAAGUGGUCUGGGUGCCUAUAGUGGUCCUUUAAAUGUUUUGUUCAUGUCAUUAUAACAGUUUGGCAAGACCAAAAAAAUUUAAAUGUUUUGUUAUACUAGCAUUUGUAUUUCACUCUUAGCCUUAGUCAGCUAGAAAAGAAAUGUGGCUCAGGGAUGCAGAAUUGCUAUCGCCCUGGACAUUUAGUUCAGGGCACUGGGCAAGCAGUUUAUUUUUAGUCAUUAGCCCUGUGGCAGGGCAGCCACAUGACUGCUUUGACGUAUAAUAUAGAAAUGCUAAUACAGCCUGGUAUACUGAAUAUACUUGAGGGAGACAGGUCCGGGGCUGGGAGCGUCUUGUGUUCACUUCAACGAGUGCAGACAGUAAUUGCUUCCUCUCAGUCUAGCAUUCACUAAUGAGUCAGAACACAGGAACUGGUUUUCCCAGCCUGAUACACUGAGUGCCAGGACUGUGAGGAAGUAAUUACUGAAAUCUACUCCUACAGAAGGUGCAGACCUAACUAGGCCACCAGGAAAUAUGAACCCAACCAAGCAGGAGGAAUGCAAAACAGAACCACAAACACUACAUGUAUCACACACACAUAACAUAUACAGCCAGCUGAGGGCAAAACUCCAAACUUUCACAAAUUAAAUCUAAUUAAGUAAAAUGAAGCAAAAAUAGCCAGUUGUAAUUAAAGCUGAGUUGGAGAAUUUCUUCAGAUCAUCUAUUUAUCCCUCAGUUUUUCCAUUCAGAUUAAGCUUCCAUUAAAUAUGUUUAGACACACUUCUAAAAUUAACUUUUUCAAAAUAUUGAAAUAUAAUAUAAAACGACAUUAAACUAUCACAAUGUAAAAAAAAAUUUUCAAUAUAGUAUAGUUUAAAAAAAAAAAAGAUUAGAUAAUUUAAAAUGCUUAAAUUGAGGCCUUAAAGGGGCACUCUGGGCACCCAGACCAUUUAUCUAAUUGAAGUGGUCUGGUAGACAGCCACUAGAGGCAGCCUUGGUACUGCAACAUAAACAUUGUAGUUUCUCUAAUACUUCAAUGUUUUACAGGGCGUAGGAGAACAGUGACCGCGCACCCAGGCCACUUCAAUGAGAUUAAGUGGUCUGGGUGCCUAUAGUGUCCUUUUGAUGAAGCAGUUUUGGUGUAUAUAUCAUGCUCAUGUAGAUUUACUGCUCAGUUCUGCCAUUUAUGAGUUAUAUCACUUUUGUUUAUGCUUCCCUGGCUUUCACUCACACAUCCUCCCUCCACACUUAUUGAGAAAGAGCAUACAUUUCUUUAUUUUUUAUAAUCUCUUUCAUAUGAAUCUCUUGGUCUGCUAAGUGAAUGUUAUAGCUUACAAUUAAAGUUCAAUUAACAGAGCAGGAGAGAAGAAAGUUAUAAAGUAAAACACACAAAUGCACCAAAGUGCUGUACAAAUUAAACCACUUUUUUAUUAUUUUUUUUUCGUGGAGGUUGUGUGAUAAACAGGCAAGGGAGGUGUGGCUAGAGCUGUUAGAUCUAACUCCUAAGUGGCAGAGAAUUGAGCAGUAGGAUUAGAGGGGCAUGGUCUAUACUCAAAAACCACUUAAUUUAUCUAAAGUUGUUUUGUUGCUUUGUGUAAUUUCAAUAAGGCUAAUGUCAGAAACUGUAUAUCACGUUAGAAUUAGAAUAUAAUGAAAUGAUGAUCAGUGAUUUUAUUUAUUUAUUGGUUGCUUUUGCUUUUUACUGAUUUUAUGUGUCUCUCCUUCUCUUUAGUAUUACAAUAAGAGAAAGACCUACUUUGCUCACGAUACUUUCCAGCAGUGCACAGUGGGAGAUAUUGUGUUACUUAAAGCUUUGCCUGAGGAAAGGUCCAAACGUGUGAAACAUGAACUGGCUGAAAUAGUUUACAAGGUGGGCAGAGUAGUAGACCCACUGACUGGGAAGCUAUGUGAAGGUACUGAAUUUCUGGAAACUCCAACAGAUGCUGAUAUUAAAGACCUUAAUGACCACCUGGAGAAACUGGAAAUAGCAGAAACAAAACCAGAAAAGACUGUGGACCACUGAAUGUAGAGCAUGUGGCUCUGUGAUGUGACUUCGUGUUGGUUUCCUUAUAUUUUCAAGACAUGGUACAUUCGUGAUUUAUGAGAUGCCAUGAGGACUUAACCUUUGCCUUCUUCAUGUAUGUAGUAAUCUAUCAGAACAAAAAACUUGUGUUGAAUAAUUAAACAUUUUUCAGAUUUUGCCCUUAAAUAUAAGGUCAAUGUGACGCUGAUCAACACUUAUCAAACUAUACAUGUAGUUUUUACGAGAAUAAACAUGUUUAUUUUACAGUGA